AUGUUAUUGUUUCGUCGUAAGAAAAAAUAUAAAUAUCAUGACAUUUUAUUGACAGUUGAAUCUACUGAUGAUUUUGGAUAUCAUUCAGAGUGUCUAAAAAAAAUUACAGUUCUGAAGCAAAAAGAUAAAGAAGAAUUCGAAGAUUUUUGCAAAACACAAGCUAUCCCGAGCCUCCCUUCAGGUCUUCAUGAACAAACUAUUCCUGCUGUAAACUGUGAUCUAGAAGAAUCAAGGGCUACAUUAAACGAUCAACCGACUACACUUUCAGUAGACGAACAGCUUAGUACGACUGCUUUAAACGAGCAGCCUAGUACAUCUGCGCAGGAGGAUGAUCAUUCUCAGUGCAUUCAAAAUUUGUCAUCUGCUGGUACAAUAUCCCAGCAAGCUAAUUCAUCAACAAUUAUAAAUAAAAAGUCAGCCUGCCUUUUUUGUGAUCAUGUUGAGAAAAAAGUUGGUAAGAGACGAACUUAUGUAACAUUCCCGCGAUCAGAAGCAACGGUUGAAACAAUAAAAUCAAUGGCCGGGAAAUCGAAUGACUCAAAACUAUUAGCGAAACUAGAAAGCCCUCAAUCUAUUGCUUAUCAUUCGACUUGUUUGUCAUCGUAUCAGAUUUCACUGAAACGAAAAUAUGAGGAACAUCCAGAGCCAGGAUAUUGGCACAAAAAUCGCCAAUUUCACCAGUUAGCAUUCAAUGCAAUUUCGGAAAUAAUAAAGGCGGAAAUUAUUGAGAAAAAUCGCGUUAUGUAUCUUACUGAUUUGUUAUUUCAGUAUAAAUCAUUGCUGUUGGAAUUUGCUGAAGGUCAAGUACGCGCUGAAGAUUUACAGGAAUAUCGUGCUGAAAACUUAGAAAAUAAAAUUAUAAAAGCUUUUGGCGAUCGAAUUACUGUAGAGUCAUCCAUGGGGACACCAAAAAGGAAAAUUGUCUAUCAGUAUGACAUGAACACGUCACGAUUAGUUAGUGAAAUAGCUAAGUUAGAAUCAAAUGAGAAGAAUCGAUGCAGAGAUGUCGCUUACGAAUUGCGAAACUGUAUAACAUCUGUAGAAAGUACGAAGCUGCCAGAUAAUCUAACUCCAGAAGAUAUUAUUCUCGGAGAGUGUAAUAUUCCAGAACAACUUUUUAAUUUCGUGUGCGACUUAGUACAAGGACCAGAUACUCGUCGUAAAAAUUCAAGUGACGACUUAGUGAAAAUUAAGUCUGUGUGUAGUGAUCUGAUUUAUAUUGUAUCGAAAGGUUAUAACUGCAAAAUUGGCAUUGAUGGGGGAAAUGUGUCCCACUCCGCCGAGGGGGAUAGCGACAUGGAAGCCCACGCCGUCCGCCCAUCUGCUCCAUCUGCUGCUGAGACACCACGAGCUGUGCCUCUGUCCGCGGAAAGCGAGCCUAAGAGGAGGUCGCUAUCCUUCUCUGCGUUUGAGCGGCCUUCGGCUAUGGACACGGACGCGCAAACUACAAAAGCCCCCAUCCGCCGACCGCGUAGCCCGGAAGAGGACACCGAGGCUAAGCGGUACAAACCCGCCCCCCAACGCGAUCCGCGCUUGGCGCGAUACGCCGGAGCGGUCGAGGGCAGGUCAUACGCCCGUGUGGUGACAUCCCCACCACCCACCACAACCGAAAUCCCAGCCGCCACUGCAACCAACGCUGCACACCGCAGCGACAUAACCGCCGCCGCUACAAGCGCUGCUACUGCCGCCACCGCGACACCGCAGGGGGAGGAACGCAGGCGCAGAUACCCGCCCCUCAUUGUUGAGCUAUUACCGAACUGGGCUCAACACAUGAGGGAGCUGAAGAAAUAA